AUGGAGAAAAAGGCUCACAUUGAUCAGGUAAAGAAUGGAGAAAAGGCUCCCAUUGAUCAGGUAAAGAAUGGAGAAAAAACUCACAUUGAUCAGGUAAAGAAUGGAGAAAAGGCUCGCAUUAAUCAGGUAAAGAAAGGAGAAAAAACUCACAUUGAUCAGGCAAAGAAUGGAGAAAAGGCUCGCAUUAAUCAGGUAAAGAAAGGAGAAAAAACUCGCAUUGAUCAGGUAAAGAAUGGAGAAAGGUUUCGCAUUGAUCAUGUAAAGAAUGGAAAAAAGGCUCACAUUGAUCAGGCAAAGAAUGGAGAAAAGGCUCGCAUUAUUCAGGUAAAGAAAGGAGAAAAAACUCGCAUUGACCAGGUAAAGAAUGGAGAAAAAACUCACAUUGAUCAGGUAAAGAAUGGAGAAAAGGCUCGUAUUGAUCAGGUAAAGAAUGGAGAAAAAACUCACAUUGAUCAGGUAAAGAAUGGAGAAAAAACUCACAUUGAUCAGGCAAAGAAUGGAGAAAAGGCUCGCAUUGAUCAGGUAAAGAAUGGAGAAAAAACUCGCAUUGAUCAGGUAAAGAAUGGAGAAAAAACUCACAUUGAUCAGGUAAAGAAUGGAGAAAAGGCUCGUAUUGAUCAGGUAAAGAAUGGAGAAAAAACUCACAUUGAUCAGGUAAAGAAUGGAGAAAAAACUCACAUUGAUCAGGCAAAUAAUGGAGAAAAGGCUCGCAUUGAUCAGGCAAAGAAUGGAGAAAAGGCUCGCAUUGAUCAGGUAAAGAAUGGAGAAAAAACUCGCAUUGAUCAGGUAAAGAAUGGAGAAAAAACUCACAUUGAUCAGGUAAAGAAUGGAAAAACAAGCAUUGAUCAGAUAAAGAAUGGAAAAAAGACUCACAUUGAUCAGGUAAAGAAUGGAGAAAAGGCUCGCAUUGAUCAGGCAUGGCGACAUCUACGGCGUCUGAUUACCGAAACGAUAGCCUCUCUGACACCUUGGGAGGUGAAAGUGAAAACGAUCGAAAGUCAUUUCGGGACAGUGGUGGCGUCCUACUUCCUGUUUCUGAGGUGGCUUAUCUGGAUCAACGUCGUUCUGACGCUUCUGCAAGUCUCCUUCGUCAUUUUCCCGGAGCUGAUCGUUGGGAAUGCACACGGAAGCCUUGGUCGUAAAUCCGUUCCUGCAUCAGAACAAGGGACAUCAGAAGAACUGGAAACCAUAUGGGACGCUGAGGGGAUAGUGAAGUACUCGGUGGUGUUUUACGGGUACUACGGCAGUGAGCGAGUGAUUGGCCAAGGUUACCGACUUCCACUCGCCUACCUUGUCACCGGCUUUGCCACCUUUGCCAUCAGCUUCAUCGUGGUCCUUAGAAAAAUGGCUUCAAAUUCCCGAAUAAGUCGGCUAUCCAAUAAGGACGAGCAGUUCAUCUUCUCCUGGCGGCUGUUCUGUAGCUGGGACUUUACCAUAGGCAACACAGAGACCGCCACCACCAAGGUCGCCUCUAUAGCGACAACAUUCCGGCUGGGACUUUACCAUAGGCAACACAGAGACCGCCACCACCAAGGUCGCCUCUACAGCGACAACAUUCCGGGUAGGCAUGACACCAUAGGAAACAUAGAUAUCACCAGCACCAGGGGCGCCUCCAUAGCGACAACAUUCCGGGAGGCCAUAUUGGAAGAAAAAGAGAAAGAAAAAUCCGAAAACAAAUACCGAUUGCUGGCGCUGAGGGCCCUCGCUAACGUCUGUGUGCUACUGAUGUUAGGUGCUAGCACGUACGCCAUACAGCUCUGUGUGGAGAGGUCCCGUCAACUCGACAUCCGCAAACGGCGAGGCCAUGUCGUCACGGGAUUCUGGCAGGAAAACGAGCCUAUGACAUUCCCCCUUCAGCUGACGCUAGUGAUGACAAUCAUCUCCACGGUCUUCCCCAACUUUUUCGAUCUGUUUGCUGUCCUGGAGAAGUACCAUCCCCGGGUUACUCUACGGUGGCAACUAGCCAGGAUAUUUGCUCUGAAUCUGUUAAAUCUCUACACACUGUUCAUAGCCCUGUUCUGGAAACAACAAGAUAUGAAGACAGAACUUGAAGAGAAGUUAAUCAAUAGUUCUUUUACACGCUGUGAACAAACCACGAGCAUUCCUCCAAUAAAUGUGACUGUACAGCCGGCGACACUCGGUUACAACGCCACCGUCCAGUCUGUGAUAGUCGACUACAACGCCUCACUCUGUAGUAGUGCGGUGUCGGAGGAACUUUCGGCCGACCUGUGCUGGGAGACCAUGAUAGGACAGGAGGUAGUGAAGCUGACGCUGAUGGACCUGGUAGUGGUGGUAGGUCAGAUCAUUGUACAGGAUUACCUCCGUGGACUCUUUGUCCGAUACUGUAAUAACUUGUGCUGCUGGGACAUGGAAAAACAGUUCCCUGAAUAUGCUGAUUUCAAGACUGCUGAAAAUCUCCUUCAUCUUGUGAACAAUCAAGGGGUCGUCUGGCUGGGGAUAUUUUUCGCGCCCGGUCUUGCUGUACUUAAUCUACUGAAGUUGCUCGUGCUUGUGUACGUUCGGAGCUGGUCCGUCAUCGUCUGUAACGUUCCCCAAGAGGCAAUUUUCCGGUCGUCACGCUCCAACAAUUUCUACUACGCCCUGCUAUUGGUGAUGCUGUUUCUCACAAUGCUGCCUCCUCUCUUUGCUAUUGUCGCCCUGGAACCGUCGCCGCACUGUGGGCCGUUCAGUGGUCAGCAACAGAUACUGAGUACACUGACAGACACGAUAGAACAGGACCUACCUAGUGUGGCGGGAACGAUCCUAGAAUACACCUCGUCACCCGUCGUCAUCGUGCCGCUCUUCAUGUUGCUUGGAAUGCUCAUUUAUUAUUUGACGAUUGUGAGCCAAUCUCUCAGGGAUGCCAACAAGCAGCUACGGAUAGCGUUGGAAUAUGAACGAACCGAGGGGAAGAGGAAGAUAUACGCAAUGGCGGAUGCCACAUGGAAGCUGAAGUCGGACGGUCAGUCAGCCAAGAACUCGCGCGAGGUACCCGGGCAUGGUGGCCCGAAGGUGGGGCCAAGGAGAAACCAAGGGGGCCUGGGCAACGCUGCCAUGUCCAUGCUGGCAGCAACAAGAGUAGCCAAGCUGCUAUCUGCUGGUCAGACGUCUAAGGUAGGACCACUAAAGGCUGGGAAUGUUUAUCAGCCGUCCAAAGGAGGACAAACUAGAGCUGGAACAUCCAAAGUAGGACCAAGACAAACGUCAACAGUUGAACCAAAAGGAACUGUAUCACUGAAGUCAACAUCGGGCACACGGAUUGACUCUCGGACUGAGAUAAGAAAGACAGCCAGGAUAACGCAACCGAGAGCUUCCACAGAUAGAGCCAUAACGGCGGAAGUAGAAACAGAUAACGCAACACAAGGGAAUACAAAAGUAGCAAUUGUUCAAGCGACACAGAAAUUCCGGAAGGUUACACUGAAGAAAGAAAGCCAACAAACCAGUGAAGACCAACACACGGCACAAGUCCUUCAGAUGAACGACAUUGUACCAAUUACGGAGGAAGGCGCACUGGAGACCACACGCACGCGAGUUAAGCGUGACAAUAACGACAGUUUGGACAUCGACGCAGAGACAGAGGAAGACACGGAAACUAUCAACAGAAUUCAGAGAUACAAAAUCGGUUUAUUGAAGAGAAGAAAACCUCCACACAAACAGGAACCAGCUAUUCCAAGGUUCAGUGCACGUGACACAGGUCAACCAGAAAUUCAACGGGCAGAUAACGUGACGUCACAACCUAACGUAUCUGACGACGACCGUCGGAACAUUACCAGCCGAUAUUAUAACACACCACACGAUCAUGGUCGAUUGGAGGCGAACGUCAUUGUUCAUCCUCGGGCGACAGUUUCAGCAAGUUCUGGGUAUUGAUGUACAUUUACAUUUUAACUACCACAGAAACACAACUUUUGUAUUGUAACCUCUCGGGGAAUCUCGCGAACUUUUGUAUUGUAACCUCUCGGGGAAUCUCGCAAACUUUUGUAUUGUAACCUCUCGGGGAAUCUCGCUUCAGUGUGAUCAGGCAGAGGCUUGCCAUAUCAGAAAAGUGAGGCUUAUCACAAUGCAAAUUAACUUAAAAAUUCCUAGGGAGAUAACAAACACAUCGAACAUUGUUUCAUUUUUAUUGUCACGUGUAUCUUAUCGGACAAAUCACCUGCGACUUUGUCAUGCUUUUGAUGACAAAAUAGUACACAAUAUUUUAAAUCUUUCAUCCUCAUAGUUACAGAAAAUCGCCCCUUUGUAACUGUCUACAUACUAGCUGACACAGAUUUUAGUUUUUUGGGGGGUUUAACGUCCUCGACACCAAAUUUUUAAUUCAUGAUUUAUCUAAAAACGAAUAAAUGCUUAAUAUUUCAUAUACCAGGUAUAUCAAAAAGGUUCCGGUAAUUUGCAUAUUGAAUUAUGUAAGUAUGGCCAUUUUUAUUAAAGAAUAAUUGAAAAUUUCAACCCAAACUUGAAAUGAGAUAUUACGACGUCAUCCAAUUAAAGCUUUUUUUACAUAGCUCAGACAUAUUUGUCACUUAAAUAAAAAUCGUGUUUUAUACCUUUCCUCACAUCCGACUGAUUCAUUAUGGUAUUGCAGUUCCUACAUUUCCAUUAACACCUACACAUGAAAAUAAUGAUGUAGCACGAAAGUAAACAUUGAGUUGUAUCAAUGUUUUUUUGGGAAUCGGUCUUCAACAUGUAUUACACAUAUAUUUGUAAACAUGACAGAUAUCUGCUGUCCACUCAUCCAUUACAACACAUAUCAUGACAAUGGAUUGUUUCAUCAGGAGUUGACAUUGGCACAUACUUUCUUUAAAAAACAUCAUUCACCUACAAAACAAAGACUGACAUAUGCCACAUACUAUGCUACUGUGAACACAGUAAGUAGUACAAAAACA